UUUACCCGGAAAGAUAACACAACCACACUGGUAUCGUACUUUGAGAUAAAUACACAACGUUUUCAGAUUUACUGGUCUUCGUAAGAUAAUAUUUGAAAAAGAUGUCUCUCCCUGUCUCCCUUAAUUCUCAAAUAUCUGCAAUAAUGGAUGUUUUAGCCAAGGCAGCUGUCGCUGAAAUAACCAAACUUGUGGAGGAAGGCACCGUCGUGCUAAGAUUGGAAAUGCGUCGAAGAGACAGUGAGAUAGAGGACCUCAAAAGAAGCCUAAUAAUGGAAAGAGAGCUCAGGAAAGGUCAAGAGGCUGCUGUGCGUGUGACAAGUCAUAGGUUACAUGCUGUAGGGAUUCAGGUUGGCAGUCCCGUAAAAGAUAUUCAAGAGAAGCAGACAACACAUUACUCACACGUGGACUCAGACCAGCACCUUGGGCACUGUGGACUGGGACCUUUGGUGAAAUCAGAGCCAGUAGAAGAGCAUACACCCCAAGCAGACACAGGGCAUGACACCGGGGAACUGACUAGUAACUUUGAAAUAGAAGGAACAGAUGACCAGCUCUGGCAUUCUGAUUCUCACGGAGUCUGUGGGACAGACUUAGUUGACCCAGAGAUAUCUAGUACAAUAGAAAAAUGUUUGCAGAUGUUUUCUCAAACAGAUCAAUAUCCAUCUCACAGUAAUAUUACAGAAAUGCCUUGUAGUUUUUCAUCUACUGCAGGCAAAUCGCUUGAUGAAGCAUUUGAUCCAGUUGCCAUUAAGGUGGAGCCAGAAACACAGCCUUCAGCAUGCAUGGGAGAUGUUAUGUUGGUGUCCAUUCAACCUGGGCAGGGACAGUGUGGAAAUGUUGCACACACUGUGGCCAGUGAGAACCUGACUUUGCCGGCACUACUGCAGCAGCCAGGGGUUCCACAAGCAGAGAGAGGGACUGAAGGCAUACCAGGGCCUAACACUGCAUACAACCCUGAACAUUAUGUGAAUCGAAACCGUUUUAGAGCUAAAAGAAUGGUAAAUGUCUGGAAAAAUGGACUUGCCCAAAAAAUGUUCCUCUGUUCAAUUUGUGGUAAAGGCUUCCCCCGCUUCGGCCAGCUGGAAGCUCACCAGCUCAGCCACUCUGGAAUCAAACCAUACAGAUGUUUAGAGUGUGGCAAAUGUUUUACUCAGAAAACAAGACUAAAGACACAUCAAAGCGUCCACACGGGUGAGAGACCUUUUAGUUGCAAAAUUUGUGGAAAGAUGUUUUCAAGACAGGACAACUGUAUAAGGCAUGAGAGAUUUCACAGUGGAUUCAAACCAUACUCUUGUGUUCAGUGUGGAAAACAUUUUACUGCUCUAAGCAACCUAAGAGUGCAUCAUCAGCAAGUUCAUACUUAAGGUAGAAAUCCAACUGUCAUCAUUGUUAAAGUGUUAAUGUAAAUAACU